AUGGCAGACUCCGGAGAUAGCCCACUCUCCAUCGCAGCAAACUGGAUAUCCAUCGUUACUUUCAUCACGACGUCUUUGGGCGGCCUGACCAUCCUCUAUACAUUUUACAAGCAAUUUGAAAAAGCCGAAGAAGACUUGGUUGCCUACGGAAAUGUUCUCGCCGAAUCAAGCAAGGUGCUUAUAGCCGACAUUGACGCCAUCGAACCGAUCAUCAAACGGUUCCCCUUAAAGCUUGCAUCACUCGAAAACACCUUUCAGAUGUAUGAACAAAUCAGGGAACUGGUUGAUAAGUUGGAGAGAUCAUUGCGGGUGCAGUCUCCAGGUCAGAAAGGGCUGAGAAGAUUCGUCGGCACUUGGAAGCUAGGAAGAAAUACAGAGCCUGCGAAUACUGUGAGAGAGAUCCAGCGAAUCACACCCAGUUUAUCUGCGAUGAAGAUCAAUCUCCUGUUCUGGCGAUUAGAAGAGCAAGAUGAAUUACUAAAGAAAUCCGUGAGAGCAUAG